AUGCAACUUUCCGUGCGCUCUACCGAGAUUGACAACGAUAUUUUUUCAAGCUCCGGAUCCGAGGAUGACUCCGGGGAUGAAGAUUACUGCGAUGCUUCCGUACCGAGGAGACGGAAUGGUCGUCCGGUACAGGAGCGUCGGGUGCGUGAGGACACGUCUGAAGUUCAUGUAACUUCACGACUAUUCGAGAUAGUUAUUAUGCGCAGACACGCUAAGCUUUCAACAUGUAUCCAAAGGGUGUUGCUAAAUAUCAGCUCCGAUGAACGAUACAUGGCAAUAGCGGAUAUAUUAAGCUUCAUCUGUGAAUGCUCUGGUUUCCAUCAUUCCUCAAUAUCACCGGAAGUUGUUGAUAGCUGUGAUUCUAUCGGGAAACUUACUAUUGUGGACCUAGGAAAGGAGCCGAAAUCUGGCGACCACUCAGCCACUAGAGAAAGUCCGUUUGGACAUUUUGAAUCAAAUGUACCAAAUGGAUCGGAGGGUAAAGCCUCGAUACUCACGCCAACCACUAAAGACAAGUCAAAAUCAUCUGGUGUUCACUCUGGGAUUCCGUCUUCCGAGCAGGAAUUCAAUUAUGACAAUUUUGGUUGGUGGAGUUUACGGGAUAUGUUCACUUCUCUGCCCAAUACAGUCAGUUAUACGGAAAUCGUAAAACAGUGCUCUAAUGCAUCGGAGGCUAAGGCCAACGAUGACGAGGACUCUUUAUUCUUUCCAGAUGCUGGCCGUGCAAUUAGUGAUCGACAAACUCGAUGUUUGGCUAAUAAGUUUUUAAACCUCUGUCAGGACCGUGUGAAACGUCUGACCUCUGCACUUGAUGCUCAGGAUGGUUGGACAAUAGGUUUGGGCAAGAGGAAUACUGCAUUUUUGCGUUACAAAGAAUUUUUUCAGCAAUUGGCAUUUGAAACUGAGGAACCCUUCUUGGGCGAUCUACUUCAUUCACUACAGUGGAUUUUCGCUCUUAGUAUGAUCGGAUUCCGGGUUGUACGCCAAUUUGCACUAAUUGCCUGUAAUGAGGUUAUUAGCAGUUUAUUGGUGAAAAUGAACACGCUGUCAAAGAACGAGCGUGUAUUUACUCGACAGCUGCAAGUUGAGGUCGAAAUGGAUCAACGCACUCACGAACGCGUACAUGCCAGGGACCCCGGUGCUACCGUGAGCUGCAGUAAAUCCACUGUGGAACUCUACAAGAAGUUGAUUCUGUCGCAGCUCGGCCAAAGUGCUAUUUUGCGUUUUAUAAAGUGCGUCUAUUGCGUAAAUUUUACGUCGAAACUACAGGAUGUAUUGACGGAUAUUCGUGUUUGUUGCGCAUUCGCGAUUGGUACGAAUGUUAUGUUAUGCCCCGUUAUUUUUUCUAAACCCUCUUAUGUGGAUUUCGUUUACAGGAUACUGCCAUCCACUGAUGAUUGCACGCGACUCUUGCUGCUUCGUUAUUUGUCAAUGGUAGAACGCCGGUUGUCUGAAGAGGAGUUGGGUAUCUUGCUCUCGCUACAUGCAUCAUGUUUGCGAGAUGGAAUGGCUACUUGUAGUGAGACUAUUGAAGCUAUUCUUUUAAGGGAUGUACACCUGAACUAUGAUCACAGUGUGGUAUUCAACCACAGGAAUGAGAAAUCAUUUUUACCCGUGAUCAAUUCACUAUCCCGUGGGAAUAACUCUACUUUAGCCGUGCUAAUAGCGUCUAUAUUCUUACCGUCGAUGGCUAUACGCAAUUUUUCACUGGUAUUACAGGUAAGGACUGAUGACCUACGAUCGAAGUACCGCAAUAUUCUAUCGCCACACCCCGAUGUGCUCGGACGGCAGAAUACCCUCACUAUUUCGGAAAAUUCUCCUGUAAAUGCUGAGAACUUUAACAGGUGUUUCAAGGAGCUUUCAAAGCUAAUAUCUACGGUGGAUCCCAAGGAUAACUUUGUGAUGAACCUAAUAAGUAGUCUAUGGGAUCACAGCGAUAUAUUUAGCGACGUUGGUCGAACCGUGCGUUUCCUGUGCCAGGGUGGUGAUGUGUCGACUGUUAAGGGCCGCUUGCAUGAAAGUUGCCAGGAGCUGCUGCUCAAUAUUGCUCUAGCGAGUUUCGAACAUUUGCUGUCUAAUGCCGAUGGCCCUAAGGAUGCACAGUUCGAAGCAGUCAGUACGGUAGCCUCCCAUGCACCCAUGUUGUUGCGUAUGUACCGAGCAAGCAUGCCACAUAUGAAGACAGCAUUGCAGCUGAUAGAACAGGUCACUUCCCAAUUGCAGCUUCGGGAUAUCCCAGCCACACCCGGUCUGAUACCUUCGCUACGGGAGGCGUUGACCCACUUGGUUGAGAGUGGUGAAAGCGGUGAGGAGGCGUUGGACGCCUUGAGAUUGGCAGUGCGUUGCCUUUACAAUUUGUACAGAGGUAACGAGAGUGCGAAAUCACACGUAUCGGAGCUCUACAAAAUGGUGUCGGAACGUAUGUCUUCCAGUGAUGACCCUGGUUUGGCAACGUUGCAUUGUGCUAUGAUGCUACUACACUACUUGCCAAUGGAGAUGGACGUUGCAAUAACCCUUAUAGGUGUCAUUCGACGUAAUUUGGAGUCACCAACAGUGGACGAUCGGAUGUUAUGGUGUGCCAUAGGCUAUGUAUUAUUUGAAGCCGAGCUCUACAAGUGCGUAAGAACUUCGCAAUCGUCUGUUAAUGCAAUUUUCAGUACACUGCGCGACUCGUUGCUACGUUCCAUUGCGUUGCUUGUCCGCGAGGCACGUUCAGAUUUUCGGAUGUUUGUAUGUUUCUGCUCGAUGGUAUCAUUGGUACAGAUAUCUGCAUUGGUUAAUGGUCUCGAUGAGUUGCCAGAUUGUGUCGAGUUGGAGAUUUUCAACGUGCUUGACCACUUUUAUCAACGUGUACGUCCAAUUCGUAUGCGUACUUUGGCUGCAUGCCCCUUGACUCCAGGGGUUUUGGAAACCCACAAUAAGGGCAUAACAGUUGCAGAUGUGUUCAUCAGUGGCUAUGACGAAGAUAAUUUCAUUCUAAACCCGCUAAGCUCCGUCAUGUGUCUGGUGGGAUUGUUCACUAAGGCGUUGUCUGCACGUUUGUACUGUAGCGGAGCCUCUAUACUCCUGGUUCUACAACUGCUAUCAUCAACUCCUGCGAUAUCUGAGACUUCUGGCGUCUAUCUACGUUUCGUUGCGAAUUUCGAUGACCAGAUUCUGUUGGCACUGCUACUCGCUACGAUGAUCGGUUUGUAUGAAUCCAGUGCCAGGGGUCUAGCCGGUCAAGUGUGUCGUCGUUUCGUGGAGCGGGUCUUAAAUAAACAGGAUGGCAUCGUUGUCGACCAUAAGAAGCUGAGGCUUGAUCGUCUAAUAGUGUCUGCUGUGCGUUAUGCACUUCAGGCGCCUAGCAAUUGGGAUUUUUUGACGGUGGUUAUAGAUUUUGGGACAUUACUUAAGCAUCACGGGUCUACGUUUAACAAAGCGGCUUUACAAGGGCAUAUAGCGACGCUAUUGGCAUCGAUGAACCCGCCGAGUGCACUACGUGACAAGGUCGUUAAGUUGUUGAACGCAUUUGGUAUUACUCCUGUGAAACGUAAAGGCAACUUGGUGUCAAUGACUGAGAUUGAUGAUAUGGAUCGUUGUGUCAACAUCAUCCGUGGCAAGUCGAGUUAUAUCGAUUUUGUACGUGUAUCUGGCGGUUCAGGGCGCCGCAAGAAUCGCCACCGGGUAACCUCCACUGGCGUUGUGAAGCGUCACAAAACUGAUAAGUUGGGUGAGCGUUCCGUUACGUCUGAUACUCGUGCUAGUUCUGCAGAUUCUCGUGAGACCUGUGCUGAGGUGUCACCAGUUGUAACACGCACGUUUACGAAAUCGCAACUAUUGUACCCGCCCAGUGUUGGUAUGGUGCGUUCUCGUAACCCUUCAAAUGUUCCUCUGGAGCGUGAUUCUUUAGAGGUUGGUUAUUUGGAACUAGACCACAUACCGAUUCCCGUGACCACUCAAGACCCCGCCACCCCUCAAGGCUCGACAGGAACGUCGUUGACUGAACAUAGUUUCGGUUUGCGUUCAUCCAAUAGCGAAGAUCUAGCAUCUUUGAGUUCUUCGGUAUUGUCACCAUUAGUGUUACAUCUAUGA